CGAACGGAUGUGUAUGAAACAAUGAAGUUACAUGUUUAAAGAAUAAUUUAUAUAUCGUGUACUUCCGGAUUAUUGACACGCGAAUGUAAGGUGGGAUUGAAUAGAACAAAAGAUAGGAAAAAUGGGUGAUGAAAUUAGUGACGAAAAGGUUUUACAACAAUUGGCAGCCUGAUGUCAGAGCUUUAACAAAUGAGGUCAACUGAAAUCACGUAGUGCCCCGUACCCUAACCCAGUCGUCUUACAUGUCUUCGUCGUUAUCAGCAUCACCGCCUUGUGAACGGGGUCAAAUACUGACCAGUCUGAUAGGAGAGAUAUACAAGCUUCCGCUCUGCCACGAUAAAUGAGGUGGCACGGAUUUAUUUAAACAAUACUCUUUGGAUUUACACAGUGUUCUGUGAAACAGUUGAAGCAAACGAUACAAGUUUCGAAAUUGUAACCUUAAAACGAGUUUUGAAGGAAUGUGAAUAAUUUACAAAGACUUUAAAUUUUAAAAGGAUAUUAUUACUUCAGAAUCCAUUCAUAUCUACAAAGAGCAGUAACCUCUCAUAAAACGUAAAAGCAUUGUAAAUUUUUGUAUUAGUAACAAGUGCAUGUAGUAUGUGUAUACUAACACGUGUGUGAACAAAUCAGUGUUUAUAAAUGAAACUCUCAAUAAACAAUAACUUAAAUUGAUAAACGAGUAAUAACAUAUAUAAAGUUUGUGUCAAACACAAUAAAUUUCACUUCCAUAUUUUAGCUCUAUGAUCAUAUUGACGUAGAUCGGGACGAUAAAGAUGUAAAUUCGACUAUUGAGAGAAACAACCCAAUGGAAAUGAUACUAUUAUCUGUCUAAUUUUUUAACCACUAGGAAUUUUCAUUUCUGCAGUUUGGAUAGCGUGUCUGCUAGGUUUUCUCAAAGGAGGCGGGACCAGAUAAUCGGAUUUCGCUGUAUAAAAGUGUGGCUUGAUUAGAUAGGCAUUGGACUUUACUUCAGUGGGUUCCAGAGAUCGGAAAUAUCAGCUUGUUUUCAAUUGUGGAAUUUAAACAAAAGCGUAUGUUAUCAGAAAAUGGUUAUGGAAGUCAUCAGUUAUUUUCAAAUCAACAUUUAGAAACAGUGUUUGAUAAACAGUGUGUGAAUAGCAUUGGUAGCAAAAUGAAUAAUUCCACGGACGUUUUAGAUCAUAAUCAGACAGAGAGCUUAGACGAAUUGAACGAUCGUUAUGCGAGAGCAUUGCUUCCGCUUACAAUAACGUUUGGCUUCUUUGCCGUUUUCGGAUUCUUUGGAAAUCUUUUAAUUUUACUCGUUUUCUCUUUGAGUCGGGAUUACAAGCGGAAUAAUUUCAAAGUGUUCGUCCUGACUCUUGCAGUGAUAGACAUGGUGAUAUGUAUAACUUUGAUACCGGCUGAGAUGGUAAAACAGAGGAAAUACUUCGAGUUUGGGGAUGUGGUCACGUGCAAGGUAAAGUGUUUUUUCAACGUGUUUGGGGCAACUUCGUCAUGUCUCGCCCUCUUGGUCAUCUCAAUAGAUAGGUUUAGAAAGGUGGUGCAGCCAUUCAAGAAACAAAUGUCACCAGCGAUUGCAGUACGAAUUUUGAUGGUUGUUGCUUGUGUAUUCCCUAUACUUUUAGCUGUACCCGGAACUAUUAUGUGUGGUAUAAAAACAACAAAUAUGACGAAUAUACAUGGAGGAAACACCACUAUACAUCUAUGUGAAACGGGGGAAAAGUACGGGAAAUCCAUAUGGAGAACAGUCUACAAAGUCUUACUCCUUGUUUUGCUGGUCGGAAUUUCUGUAACGUAUAUAGUAUUAUACACAUUUGUGAUGAAAGAAGCUGCGAAACAAAUAAAAGCUAUAUCCAUGCAGCGCAAUAAUUCAUCGUAUGAAACGGUGUUAAGUUCCGGGAUUUAUAAUCAAAAUACAGUUGUUCACGAAACACCAGAGGCUGGUCGUAAAUACAUGGGGACAAAUGAACACGGAGGAAGUAACGUCUCAAUACCCAAUCAAAUUAAAAACGGAUCACUCUCCAAUGGAUCACUUAAGAAUUGGGUUUCAAACCACAGAAAGAGCAUUAAACAGAAUAUUAGAAUAAGUGGUCGAUCACAGAGAACCAAACGUUUUCCCACAAAGACUUUUAUUUGGUUUAUAUUGACUAUUGUGUUUAUUGUUACGUAUGUUACGCAUAAUUUAAUGACUUUGAAAGUUGAAAAGAUUGUCAAUAUGUCAUCAAGUGAAUUCACUUUGUUUUCAUUUUUCUUUCGUAUAUAUUUCUUAAAUCAUGCCAUUAAUCCAGUUGUGUAUGCUAUAUUUGUCAAAAGGUUUAGGAGCUCUUGCAGAAAUGUGCUUCCUAUUUUGUUUUCAAAACUAAGACAAUGUUGUAUAAGAUAGCAUGUUUUUAUUAUAAUUGUGUAUUUUUUAUUCUGUGAUAUAAAAGCCUGUCAAACAACAUAAUGAUUAUGGUCGGAGCCAUUUUCUUAACUGAUUCGACUGACGAGUCGCUGCGAUAAAUGAGGUUUUGACGAUAUAAAGUAUUAAAUAUUUUUCUGGCAUUUUUUGAUAGAAGCCAAAAUACAAGAAUUGCGAGAAAUGCAUAAAACAAAUCGCUCUGAAUCGUCAACAUAUAAUAGUUGCCGUUCUGUUUUUGGUGGAGCAAUUAUAUUUUAACUGUUUUUUUUAAAUAAAAUUGCCUUUUUGAACUGACUAUAAUUUUAGAACAAUAAGUCUUUUCUAUAUUUUGUAGUAUCAGAGUGG